AUGUUUUCCAAAAUUGCCUCAUUCGCACUUCUCGCCGCCGCCGGCGCCUCAGCAGCAGCCGUCCCCAGCACCGCACCAUGGACCUGGCAAGUCACCGACUUUAGCAGCGUCUGCACCGCCGCAAUCUGCCGCUAUUCCUUCAACGUGUCCGCCCCUGUCGGUCCAUCCGGCCAGCCAGCUUUUGACGCCGAGUUCUGCUCCGGCACCAGUGUCCAGGGCGGAUUCAAGUCCUGCGGCGUAGUCGGCGUCGAUGUCCCUGGCGAUGUGCAGACGCAGGAGUUCAACCAAGGAAGAGAUAUCGGGGCUAUCAUUAGUGUCAAGUACUCUUUCAAGCAGGGCGAUGUCACGUACACGUACACGGGUAACAACUCUGUUGCCCACACUGGUUUGGGUCCUGCUGUUGAUUUCACUAUUAUCCCUACCGAGGUUACUGCUGUAGCUUAA